AUGUUUGUAUCAAUCCCACAAAACAAACCGAGAAUUAUCCUCAUUUUCGUUGCAAAAAUGGAUCGUGUCGUGCGCCCGGUUUUUACGUUAGAAUUAAACUACAAAAUUAUACCGGGCCUCGUAACGGUAGGAAAGUACGACGGGACUCACCCUUGCAUUACCGCAGCCACUACAACAGAUAAAGUGUUGAUUCACAGUCCUCAUCGCAGGAGUAACGCCACCGCAGGAAGGGUGCAUUGGUCCGAAUCGAACAAAGAAAUCGCUACAUUAAACGUUAACCAAACUAUAACGUGCUUGACUGUAGGAGUAUUAUUACCUGAUGAAGAUAAAGAUGUUCUAAUUAUAGGAACGAGUUCUCAUGUCCUGGCGUAUCAAGUGCACGACAACAAGGAUGUUUUCUACAGGGAAUGCGCUGACGGUGUGAAAUCCAUAGCAGUAGGAUCUUUCAAAGAUCUCAAAACCGUGGUAAUGGUUGGAGGAAACUCGUCUGUUCACGGUUACGAUCACGAAGGUAACGAAAUAUUUUGGACAGCCGUUGGAGAUAUCGUCACAUCGAUAAUAUUUAUGGACUAUAACAAAGACGGUUUGAACGAGUUGGUAGUGAGUUCGGAGGAUUUCAAUAUAAGGAUUUUCGACAAGAACGGCUUGCUAUCCGAACACGUGGAAACCGAAGUAGUCACGAAUUUAGUAGCCCUGCCCGAUAACAGAUUCACCUAUUCCAUUUCUAAUGGAACAAUCGGAGUGUACGAACAAGAAACGAGACUUUGGAGAGUAAAAUCCAAACAUUUCGCAAUUUCUAUCCACUAUUACGACCUCUUGGGGCAAGGCGCGCCUCAAUUGAUAACAGGCUGGUCAAACGGUAAGAUUGACUGCAGGUCCAUCAAAACCGGAGAGGUUCUGUUCAAAGAUUCGAUGAACUGCGGCCUGUCCGGCAUUGUUGAAGGCGAUUACAGAUCAAUUGGCAAGACUGAUCUCAUUUGCGUCUCUUCAGAAGGCGAAGUUAGAGGAUACACAACGACUAAAUCUCUGACAAAUUCCGAAGAAAGCGGUGCCGAUCAAAAUACUAUAAGGGAAUUGUUGGCUCACAAGCAAGCUCUGCUCAUGGAGCUUAGGCACUACGAUACCAACGCAAAAUUCAACGAGAACUUAUUUUACGAGCCGGAGAGCUUCGAAAACGGCGGGGUGAUUCCUGCUAGUACUCGACUGGAAAUUUCGGUGAGCACUAACGAUGCGGAUCCGAAACCCCACGUUGAACUCUACUUGUGUACCAAUAACUCGACGAUCAUUCGAGCGGCUAUUAUAUUCGCUGAAGGAAUUUUUAACGGUGAAACGCACGUAGUUCAUCCGCCUUUAUCGCAAUUAAAAUCUCAGAUAUUAGUACCAUUGUUUUUGCCGAAAGACAGUCCUGUUGAUAUCCACAUUAAGGUAUUAGUGGGUUAUCCAAACAGUAGUCAAUUUCACGUGUUCGAAGUAACGAGGCAAUUACCGAGAUUUUCUAUGUACACGCUAAAAGAUAAAGUUAGAAAAACCAGCGGUGACAAUUACGUUCAAUUUAAAGUUAACGAACGGUUGCAAAGAAUCGGUCUGUGGAUAAAUCAGAACUUCUUGCUAAGCAAUGAGAUUGAAUUCGACUCUGGCGUUAAUUUGUGCUUGAAUUUCAAGUGUCUGAGAGACAACGAUGAUAUGGAUAUGGUUAUGGAAACUACGGGAAAAAUCACUAUUUACACAUCUAAUGUUUCGUUAGCAGCGGAUUUGGUGCAAUCUCUGGCGGCGUAUUUAAAUAUCACCAGCUUAGACUCGAAAUCAUCGUUUCCCCAAGAAGAACAAAAACUAAAAGAGCUGCUAAUAAAAUUGAACGAUGUACAAGAAACGAAACUUCGAUUGGAAACCGACGUUGCGGAUCGAAUGUCACAGAUUAGAGCUCUGAUCAUACAAGCCGAAGAUAGCAGGAUUAACGAUAUCAACUCUUUACCGCACCACUACAACGAAUUAAUGGCCAUUAACGAAGAACUCAUAGGCGGUUACAACAUCAGAUUGAAGAAUUACAAUGAAAAAGUCGAUACGAUGAAAACCAUCAAUACGAUAAUACAAAAGGCUUCGAGACUGAGAGUCGGUCCGAAAACUUCUAACAUGAUAAAUCUCUGCAGGACGUGCAUUAACAACAACAACGUUGAAGGGUUGAUACAAGUGAUUAGAAAUGGUGAAAUUUAG